UUAAAUGUACACCACAUACACUUAUAUAUAUAGAUGCUUAUCUAAUCAAGCUUAAUUCAAAAUCUAAACUCGUUUAUCAUCUACUCUUAAGUCAUUGAAAAAAUGAGAAACCAGUUUGAAAUUAAUCUGAAUAUGCGAAACACAACUGAUUGUGAUUUCUAUAUCCCUGAUGUAACUGGUGGCGACAACACUGGUAUUGCUUUCCGUGUUGCAUACGAAAAAGCAAACCACAUUAUUGGUGUUGAUAGCAAUAAGUUAUGCAGUUAUGUUGGAUCUAUGCUAUGUUCAGUGGUACCUGGUUUCAGAAACACUGUUGAGCAAAUACUCAAUGGAAUUGGCGUAAGGCCUCGUUUCGUGAGUUUACCAUCUCAGGCUACUGAAAACAACAUAACGAUUUCUUCCGUUUCUGAAAUGGAUUGGUCUUCUAUUCUUGUCAUAUUUGGCUAUUGUGUCCUUGUUCUUUUCAAGAUUGAUAACGACGAGUUAUUUAAUUGUGACGAUUAUACUAUUGGAAACAUCAAUUCCAACACCAAAAGGAUUAAGGAACUUAUUGCAAAAGUUGGAUGCUGUCGAAAAAGCUUUAGUAGUAUACCAUUCGAUAAAGAGAAAGAAAAUGCUAUUAGAACUAUGCUUGGUACCCAUGCUCUUCGUAAUAUUGUUAUUACGUUUAUUAUGGACAACUUUAAAAAUCCUGAUUCACAAAUUUCUACUUUGUGUAAUUAUUUGAGUGAAGUUUUAUCAUGGUCAGGUGAUAUGAGUGUGAUUACUGUUAUGCAUAAGUGGUUAGUUAAGUCUGAUUCCCCUGUUCUUUUAAACAUCGAACUCGUGGAAGAGGUUGACAAUUUGGAAAAGACUCUUAAGAUUUCCUAAUCUUUUUUGUUGUGGCGCUUAUGCUGGAGAAAGGAUGUCGUAAUUCUGAGGGUGAUAUGUUCACUGAUGCAGUUCCAGAUGCCAACUGUUUUACUGUGAAAAAUAUGGUCAAGCUUCACAGGAAAUACGUUGCCGAUGAAGGAAUCUCAAAUGAUAGGUUUUUGCUUUCCAUUCAUGGCCUCUGAAUUCAACGGCUUGCUUUGGCAUGAUAUUAAUUGUAUUAAUUAGUCUUUUAUUUUCAGUAUUCUUGUUAAUUUGUUGUUCUCUUUAUGUGGAUUUGAAAACUGUCACGUUGUUGUUGGUCAUGCUGCUGUC